GCAGCGACGCGCCGCGGGUCAGUCAGUCUCUCAGUCUGCAUCGACGACGUGUGCGGAUCUUGACGCGCGCGCGAGGCACGUCAUAUCAUAACCUAGAAAACCUAGAAAAAACCUAUAGACGAGCGGAUACACGCAGAUAGAUAGGUGAAGAUAUAAUAAUAAUAAUAUUUGUGCAACUCGACGAGCGGACAGAAGUGCGCGAGGUAUACGUACCUGUACAUACAGAAGCAGCACGUCAGUGUCGAGAAUCGGAUGUGACUCGCCGAUCUGCGCAGGAAUAAGUAUAUAAGAGACUCGUCGGAAGUUUCGAGUGUGGCGUGGCGGAUACUCACAUCGCCGUUGUAAUAAUUCAGUGACAGACUGAAGAGUCGAGGAGGAGAUAAUACUCAGUCAACGAUGGCUCGAACCGACUCGACGAUGAUGACUCUCCCGGUGCUGCUCGUCGCGCUGCUCGCCUGCGUCGGUAUAGCGGAAGGACUGAGUUGCUACAAAUGCGGCCAGUACAAUGACGGUGUUGGCAGCAUCACGCCCUGCAUCAACUACACAGCGACGCAGCUCCAGGAGUGUCCCAAGACAUCCAAGCACUGCAUCAAAUACGUGAGCGAGGGCUCCACGGUGCGAGACUGCGUGCCGACGUGCCAGGAGAAAGAGGCUUGGAGCACAAGGACGUACUGCUGCAGCGAGGACGGCUGCAACGGUGCGCCGGGUCCCUUCUCGUCGAGCCUCUGCCUGGCGGCGUUCCUGCUAUUCCUGAUCUUCCAGCGCCAGCAGCAGCAGCUUCGUGGCUAAUGCAGCAAUCGCCACCGGAUCGUGAGCUCGUCUUACGCCCUCUCUUCUCUCCCCUUAUUCCAUCCCGCUCCCCCCCCCCUUUCUCUACCUAUAUACAUCCCCGACUUUGAGCCGAUCGAUCGGCAACUAUUCCAUAUUCCGGGGGCGGCGAGCUUCGCCUGCAUGAAUAUUCGGGAUCAUCGACAGCAAUAAUAAUAAUUACGGGACAGUCGUGUUGGGAAAGUGAAUACAUAUUGUCGACGUCGCGCCUCUUUGCUCCCUGCGCUUUGUCGUCUCUCUUGUAAGCUUUUUUUCGAAUAAUCUUUAUGAACAUAUAGCGAGAAAAUGUGUACCAGGAAUUGCAAUCUGUCUACUCUGUUUUUAAUCGAGAUCACGUACGUUAAUCGACUAUAAUUCAGCGUUUUAUAAUAAUACGUCACCCUAAACAACCACACAAGGCGUACAUACACACUGACGCGCUUUCCUUCCGACUCAUUAGCCGAUGAUAAACAGCUCAUUCUUAUCCAGAUCGGCAAAACAGCAUAAAUCUACACAUACCUAUCUGAACGAGAGAUCAGGCGCGCGUAAUGGAGCGGAAGGAUUCCUCUGCGUGAAGCGCGAAAAUUUAUCGCUUUUGAUAUAUAAUAAUAACAAAAGUGUUGACCAAAGCCUCUCCUCCUCAAAAAGCAGGAGUCAUAUUUAUGAGAGAGACAGAGUCGAAAAAUCGAUUCGCGCUUGACCAGUCGGAAAAAGGACCCUUUCUUUCUUUCAUUUUCAAUUUUUUUUUCGAGCCAGCUUCUGUUUCUGGGACAGCUGCUGCCACCGUCGCUUUUGCAAUUUCCAUUUUUUGUCCUAGCUCCGCUUCUCUUUUGCACUUUGUCCCUCUCCCUCUUUUCAUCUGGUCGGACAGCAUUUCGUCGGGUGAAUUCAAUUUAUUUCGAAAGUACACCGGAAGGGGGAUGAAGGGGAAAAACGAAAAAUUCUACAAUUGUUUACUCGAAAAAAUUAGAAAAAAAUUGUAAUUGAAAUUUCGCCGUCACGUAGGAGGACGAGAGGAUAAGGUAAACACGGAGACGAUGAGAGAACGAAGCGAAGAGACACCGCGGGAAGAAAAGUAAUCUGGCUGUAACAAAAAAGUGAAAGGUCAUUGAUACGUGCAGGGGAGGGAUAUGGACUCCAUCACCUUUUUCGUUUUAAUAUUUCUCUGGUCUAUUUUUCCCUUCUGUUUUUGCUUCGGUCGCAAACACGCUAUCCUUUUAGUCAGCUGCAAAAUUGUACUCGAGUAUUAUAUUAUUGUUUUGUCGAUUGAGGGGGAGAGGAAUAAAAAACAGCAGCGCAGUGAAGAAGAUAAUCCACAUUAUGACACAACGAAUCCCCGCGUCCCGGAAAACAUUAUACACUCCUGGCGUUUGCAAAUGGACCAUAGCCAGUCGGCGUCGACCUCGUGCUAGUCGAUCGUGAUGGAGAGUUACCCCGAAGGAUUAAUCGGAGACGAGCGAGAUUUACCUUUAUCUGGUUUUUGUUUCAACGAUACACACGCGCGAAUAGAAGUGGAUUGACGCGCAACGAUCGACUGACGCGAGCGUGACGAUCGGCGAUACCGACGGUUUUAUAACGAUGCCGGAUAUAUGAUUAUUAAGCCGUAAUAAUUGAUUAAUUUGAUUAAUCGAUUGUCACGACGUCGUCGCUACUCCUAUAACUACUAGAACUAAUAUUAUAACGUACAAGUACUACACACUGUUGUAUCGUGUCAUCUAUGAAAUUUAUAAAUGAAAUAAAUAAAAAAGAAGUAACAUUAUACCGAUCUCGAGAGUCUCCGUAAAGGCAAAUGCCCCAAUCAUCGGUGCCGUGCUUAAGUACAUAUAAUACUCGUGUCACUUUAUUAUUAGAACAUGUUUACUUCGUUAUCGUAUGUUAUACGCAGAAUUGUUUGUAAUAUAUUCACGUGUAACUUUUCGUUUAGGUGUUCAAAAGUUGAUUAUACAAUGAAUUCCCUUGUAAUAUAUCCUUAUUUUCAAUCGUCGUACGAUAUAUUUAAAGAUGCAUUAUUACUGUUGAAAUAUUGAGUGUAACGCGUUUGUUAAGAGUUAUUGAUCCAUGAAUUGUCUUGGAACGAUAUUAUCUUUGAUUCUCCGUAACUAAUUAUUAUACAAAAAUUUUUUCGAUAAAGCUGCUUGUGUAUACAUUUUAUAUAGCGUGUAGUGAUUGAAAAUCGUCUUUCUUGAUUAUUAUUACAUACGAAAAAUUAACAAAUAAUUAUAAAUCGAUUACUUAUAAUUCGUGUUGUUUCUCGAAGCAUGCAGUUUUUAAAUUUAACGAUAAAUAGUUUAUAAUAGUCACGCGAGAGCUUGUUUGAAAAUCCAUUGCGUAACGUUAUUAUUAUACAAAUAUAUAAGGGAAAUACCAAAACAGACGAAAACUAUCUAACAAUUGCACAUGCAUUUUGAAAAUAUAGUCUAUUUCGGCUAUCCACGUAUAUUUAUUCCUGGCAAAUAAAUAACGGCUUCGCCGUACAUCGAGUCGCUCACUUUUUUAACAUCUAUCUCUCGCUCACGGAUUAAAUAACGACGUGGCUUUUGCUUCCGAUAUGAAAAUCCAUACGCCAAAUAAUUGAUUGUUCAAGAUCACAAAAUUAAUGUAAUAAAUGUUCACGAUGUAUCGCCAGAUUAAAGCUAUACGACCGUAUUUACGAUAUAGAUGAUAAAGCAUUUUUUAUUGCAUUACUACAAUCGAUAAAGUGGUAUAUAUAGUAGACAACAUUAUAACUUGCAAUUAUAAUAAAAAUGAUUUAGUGUGAAAACUAAUUUUUUAAAUAUACAAAGAAUCGCGAUAAUCUCAUUACUCCUACCAUAAUGUAAAUAUAACACGUAUUUUUACGAAACUAUAUAAAUGACAAUGAGCGCCUGAUUCAUUGCAUUUGGUAAUGUAUUGUUAUUGAAGAUUUGAAAAAAAAAUAAUAAUAAAGAAAACCGUUCUCGACUGGCUACUCACCGGGGGCAUUUACCUUAAGUAGAGUACUUGGAAUAUAUGUAUAUAUAUAUUUAUUAAAAGUAUAUAUCUAAAAGUUAUGAACGCAGGGACGAAAGCAACAUAUUGAACAUCGCACUGCGACUUUAGGUAAAAAAUAAACACAAAUGAAAUAAAACAGAGAGAAGAUAAAAAAUGCAAAAAUUAAAAAUAUUAUAUGGUCACUUGUAUUGUCGAAGCGAAAAAAAAGAGAAAUCGAAACUCGCGAUGCUGAACAUCUCUAUAUUAGAGUUUAGAGUUUCACGUUAAGUUUCAUCGUUAAAGGUUAUAUUAAAUCAAGCAUGCCAUACUGGAUGCGUUUAAAAAUAAAAAAUAAAUAAAUCAAUGAGAGAGAUGAUAUAAUUACCUAUUAUAUAAAAGGAAAACACAAAACAAAAAAUGUAGCGCUUCUUGCCUGUUCUUCCGACGAAUGCAUUACAAUAGUUAAAAUACACAGAAUAAGUAAAUAAAAAAUAAAAAAUAAUUAUAAAGAUACAGAAUUAUUAUAUAGACGAAAAAAACUUUUUAAAAAUCGUACGAUUGUAGUUUGCAUUUCUUAUAUACAUGCGAUAUAAAUUCUAGUUUCGAAAAAUUAAUAAAAAAGAAAAUCAAAGAGAAGAGCAGAUCUACGAUCUCUUAUAUAUAAUAUAUAUGAUAUAAAAUAUUAUAAUAACGACGAGUCGACGUAACAAACAAUUCUUUGACUUCCAUUGUACCACUCAACAGAAAUAAAAAUAUCUUGUGAAAACGAAUUACGAACAAAGCUAUUGUUAUUCCCGUAAACCUCACUUCUACAUUAUACAGUAUCCGGCAAGAAAAAGAAAACGGAAGAACAAAGAAAAAAAAGACAAAACCACAUUCUAAAAGAAGGCUCUGAUAAUGCUUUAAAUUAUAAAUAAAACUAAACGAAACUAUGUGGACAGAAUAUAAUGAUAUCGCCUCGAGAUUCACAGUAGUCAGUAGGAAAGAAAAACCAAUAAAAAGUCGUAUUAGAUUCUCUCAAGAUGACAAGCCGAUAAAAGUGACGCAGCCGGUGUCGAGUCGUCCGCGAGAUGACGGAGAAAUUUUGUAAUUGCCAAAAAUAAAAAAAUCAACCGAACAAAACCACCCUCUUUUCCUUCGCGCGCAUCGAAGGAGAAAACGCCAGUUGAAAUUUUCCGACAGCCCUCGAGUCGCUCGACACCAGCUGCGUCAAACGAAAAAAAAAGAAACCAAUGUGCAACUAUCACCGUACUGUUCUUAUAUGCUGCUACUAUUACUGUACGCGAUGACAAAAAAAAAACGAUAUUGCAACUAAUCUUAACUACUAAUGGUUAUAUCGUCAUAACACUAUAAUCGAGUCCGUUGAUAUCGAGAGAGUAUAUUAUAUAUAAAUAUAAAUCGCAAUAUAUAAAAAAGAGUCAGAACAGAUAAAGAAAAAAAAACUUCAAGGACAUAUUCCAAUGUGCUUCUUAGGCAGAAAUGAAAAAAAAACUACACACAUACCUUCGAACCUCGUUGAUCGAUUAUACUUUAUUAUACACUAGCUUAGGGCUGAGAUACGCGCGACUAGCGUAACAAAAAACACACACACACACAUUUUCAUUGUACGACUGUGUGCGAGACUGGAAAGAGAGUCAGCUGAUACGAAGGGCUACGAGUAACGCGCCGUGAUAACCAUUGGACGUUGCAUAGGUGCGCGAGUGUGUGAGUGAAGUCGAGCGAAUGGAUAUUAACAACGCCAUACACGACGCUGUGACUAGACGUCGUCGUCGUUGUUCCGCGAUUUUUUCGGAAAUCAAUGGAAAACCGAUCACAGUAAUACAUUACUCGAGAUUUUUUCUUCGGAGACACGCGAUGAAAUGCAAUAGAGAAUUCAGUCGCUGAACACGUCGACGACGCCGAGUCUCGAAUCUUCUCGCCCCAUUCGAGCGCUAUUAUAGCUUUAAUGAGCAUAACGUACUACACACGUGAGUAUAUUAUUAUAUCGCAAAAAAGCGUGACAAACUGACGCGUGGGAGUUUAGCCGCGCGGAGGAGGAAACAAAAAACAAAAUUAAUGUAUAAUGAGGAGUUGUACAUUUAUAAUAGACAUGCAAUAAUAAAAAGAAAAACCUUAA